GACCGGGUUCACGUCCUCGCGUAAACGCCGACGAAAAUUCUCCGCAAAAAAUAAAAUAGAAAAUAAAAAUAAAAACCCACCUCGUCUCCCUCUCCUCCUCCGUCUCUACCCCUCUCGCUUCGCCCCGUUCACACCCACCACCGCCUCGUCGGCGUCUCGUCGGCGUCGUCUCCGCGGCCGGGGACCCAAACCCUAGCCCACGCCAUUGCCCAAGCGCGCGCCUCCCCCGGCACGAUGGAAGGAGGAGGAGGAGGCGGCGGCGGAGGGGGAGGGGGAGGCGGGGGAGGGGGCGGGGGUGGCGCGGCGUACGCCACGCGCACGGCGGAGGAGGUCUUCCGCGACCUCCGGGGCCGCCGCGCCGGCAUGAUCAAGGCCCUCACCACCGAUGUGGAGAAGUUCUACAAGCUCUGCGACCCUGAAAAGGAGAACCUGUGCCUUUAUGGAUAUCCUAAUGAAACAUGGGAGGUGACCUUGCCAGCUGAGGAAGUACCCCCGGAGAUCCCUGAACCAGCAUUGGGAAUCAACUUCGCUAGGGAUGGCAUGAAUGAGAAAGACUGGUUGGCGCUAGUUGCGGUUCACAGUGAUUCCUGGUUACUGUCUGUGGCAUUCUACUUUGGAGCCCGGUUUGGAUUCGACAAAGAAGCAAGGAGGCGACUCUUCAACAUGAUAAACAAUUUGCCUACAAUUUUUGAGGUAGUGACAGGGGUCGCUAAGAAACAAACAAAAGAGAAGACCCCGAACAGCAGUAGCAAGAACAACAAGCCUAGUUCGAAAGUGCAGUCGAAAGGCGAGGCUCGUUCGAAAUCUAAGCUGUCAGCCCCCAAAGAUGAAGAGGGGAGCGGUGAUGAUGAAGGAGAGGAAGAGGAGGAUGACCAUGACAAUACUCUGUGUGGAACUUGUGGAACCAAUGACGGCAAGGACGAGUUCUGGAUCUGCUGUGAUAACUGCGAGAAGUGGUAUCAUGGGAAGUGCGUCAAGAUCACACCCGCUCGAGCUGAGCAUAUCAAGCAGUACAAGUGCCCGGACUGCACCAACAAGAGGGCCAGGGCAUGAGUAACAACGAGCGGUGGCAAACUGUGUUAGGAUGGAGCUGUCUAUCUCCAGAUGUCAUCAUCUCUUAGAUAUCAUUAUCUUGCCUUAGCUUUUAGUAGUUUGUAAGCCUGUCUCUAAUUUAAUUUGAAACUGUAACUGUUGAUUAACCUAACUGUGUUUGAAGCUUCACAUCUUUCCUGUGUUAGCUCUAGCAUUUCUGGUGUGUAAACUCGCACAUCAUCCUUGUGUCAACUGAAGCAUGAAGGGUACGGCGACCCCUAACCA